CUGUUUCUUUCCUGUCUUCCAGGGGCGGCGACCACCGGGUAGAGCUGUACAAGGUCCUGAGUUCCCUGGGGUAUCAUGUGGUCACCUUUGACUACCGAGGCUGGGGUGACUCGGUCGGGACGCCGUCUGAGCGAGGCAUGACUUACGAUGCACUGCACGUGUUUGACUGGAUCAAAGCCAGGAGUGGGGACAACCCUGUGUACAUCUGGGGCCAUUCCUUGGGCACUGGAGUGGCAACAAAUCUGGUGCGGCGCCUGUGUGAGCGAGAAACGCCUCCAGAUGCCCUUAUCUUGGAGUCUCCAUUCACCAAUAUCCGUGAAGAAGCAAAGAGCCACCCGUUUUCAGUGAUCUAUCGCUACUUCCCUGCCUUUGACUGGUUCUUCCUGGAUCCCAUUACAAGCAGCGGGAUUAAGUUUGCAAAUGAUGAAAACGUGAAGCACAUCUCCUGCCCUCUGCUCAUCCUGCACGCUGAGGAUGACCCAGUCGUGCCCUUCCAGCUGGGCAGAAAGCUCUACAACAUCGCUGCUCCAUCCCGAAGCUUCCGCGACUUCAGAGUUCAGUUUAUUCCCUUCCACUCAGACCUUGGUUACCGGCACAAGUACAUCUACAAGAGCCCCGAGCUCCCGCGCAUCCUGAGGGAGUUCCUGGGGAAGUGGGAACCCGAGCGCCAGCACUGAGGCUGGCUGUGCGGAGAAAGCAUGAGGACCUCCGCCCUGCCCCUUGUCCUGCGGUCAGCAGCCCGGAGCCUGGCGGCACUCAGGAGCCUGUUCCCACCACAAGAGAGGCCUGGAGGCCAGCCCACGGCUCGUGGAGGUGGCCGGAAGCACAGAACGUGAGGGGCUCUGGGUGGUCGGCAUGCAGCCCCGGCCCCCUCCUGCUGCCACCACUCAGCCUGCUCUCACUGGGAAGACUUUCGGAGACACAGCAGGCAGUGUCCCUUGGCGGAGCCCACAGUGCCCGAGCCUGCCCUGGUGCCCCGGCAGGGCCAGGAUAGUGGCCUGGGACCCCUGCGCAGUAUGUGGAAGGUUCUUCUUGCCUUUUCCGGCACCCACGCAGUGGACUGAAGGUUCCAGAGGCGCACCCUGUCCUGCCUUCCUGCUUGCCUGCCUUGGGGGUGGGGUCCCCACUUCCCUGGACAGCCCGCUGCUCACCCACAGCCAGGGACCAGGACCCAUACUUCUUCAUUCCUCCCACUGUCCUCCUAACCUGGCCCUAGACUGAGCAUUUAUACAAGAAUAAAACUGUGGUGGUGGUCUGCA